AUGCAGAGUAUACCAGGCUUACAUAAUCGUGAACGUGUAGAAAUAUUUUGUUAUUCACUGAGUGCCGAUGAUGGUACGACAUUUCGUGCAAAAAUUCAACGUGAAGCAGAACAUUUUAUUGAUUUAUCAUCAAUUACAUGCAAUGGACAAGCGGCUGAUCGUAUUCAUGAUGAUGGGAUCCAUAUUUUAGUUAAUCUAAAUGGAUACACUCGGGGCUCACGAAAUGAAAUAUUUGCGUUUCGCCCCGCUCCGAUCCAAGUUAUGUGGCUUGGUUAUCCCAAUACAUCUGGUGCUCCCUACAUGGAUUAUUUAAUAACCGAUGAAAUCACUUCUCCACUUUCCUUAUCAUCACAAUAUUCGGAAAAACUUGCAUAUAUGCCGUAUACAUUCUUCAUUGGUGAUCAUGCAAAUAUGUUCCGUCAUAUGACAGAAAAAGCAGUUAUUGUCGAAAGUCAACAAACAAAUAGUAAUAACAAUAAUAAUGCCAUAACUACAGUCGAUAAUCGAUCGAUUGUCAAUGGUACAAAUCUAAAACCAAUACUCGAACGAAGUGAUGUCAAAACAAUAACAGUUGAAGUUCUGCCUGCUGAUAAGAAAGAGAAUGGCACAGUUAAUACCAAUCAAUGCAAAGAAGAAGUUAUUACACCGUUAGUUGAACUACCAGAAGCAAUUGUUGUUCAUCAGCUAUUGCAGCAAGGUCAUAGUGAAGUUAGUAUUAAUGGAAUUGUUGCACAAAAUGGUACAACAACAUUACAGAUUAGUAGUCGUGCAGCAACAGGUGAAGAAGUUCCUCAAACAGUACUUUUAACUACCCGAACACAGUAUGGAUUACCAGAUGACGCCAUUGUUUAUUGUAAUUUCAAUCAAUUAUAUAAAAUUGAUCCUACGACAAUGCGGUGCUGGUGUAAUAUAUUAAAGCGAGUUCCAAAUAGUAUCUUAUGGCUUCUACGUUUUCCAGUCGCAGGCGAAGAAAACCUCAUCCAAACAGCAAAACUUCAUGGCGUCGACCCUUCUCGACUAAUCUUUUCAAACGUCGCCCCCAAAGAAGAACACGUUCGUCGUGGUCAGCUAGCUGACAUUUGCCUGGAUACACCAUUAUGCAAUGGCCAUACAACUGGCAUGGAUGUUCUCUGGGCAGGUACACCGAUGGUUACUCUACCGCUGGAAACAUUAGCAUCUCGCGUCGGUGCAUCUCUCUUACAUACACUUGGUUGUCCCGAGUUGGUGGCCGAAUCUUAUGAUGACUACGAGAAUAUUGCUGUUCGUCUAGGUGUCGAUCCCGUCUAUCUCAAAUCUGUCCGGGCCAAAGUUUGGUCACGUCGCUUGACCAGUCCACUGUUUGAUACUGCUCUAUAUACUCAACAUUUAGAAGGACUUUUCAUUCAAAUGUGGAAUCGCUACACCAACAACUUAUCACCUGAUCAUAUCAAAUCAUCGAUCACAAGUUAA